GCCGCCGCCACCGCCGCCACCGCCGCCGCCGCCGCCGCCGCCGCCACCACCGCCAGCGGCGGCAGCAGCAGCCAUUUCAUCUCCGCAGAAAACCAGACACAAAAACAUGGCAGAAAUGGAGAAAGAGGGGCGACCUCCGGAAAAUAAACGGAGCAGGAAGCCGGCUCACCCCGUCAAGCGGGAGAUCAACGAGGAAAUGAAGAACUUUGCCGAAAACACCAUGAAUGAACUCCUUGGCUGGUAUGGCUAUGAUAAGGUUGAAUUGAAAGAUGGUGAAGAUAUUGAAUUCAGGAGCUACCCUACAGAUGGAGAGAGCCGGCAGCACAUUUCUGUUCUCAAAGAAAAUUCUUUGCCAAAACCAAAAUUACCUGAGGACAGUGUUAUUUCACCCUACAACAUAAGCACAGGCUAUUCAGGGCUUGCCACAGGAAAUGGACUCAGUGACUCACCGGCAGGGUCAAAGGAUCAUGGCAAUGUGCCCAUUAUUGUACCUUUAAUUCCACCACCUUUUAUAAAGCCACCAGCAGAAGAUGAUGUGUCAAAUGUUCAAAUAAUGUGUGCCUGGUGCCAGAAAGUGGGAAUCAAGCGCUAUUCCCUGAGUAUGGGAAGCGAGGUGAAAAGCUUCUGCAGCGAGAAGUGCUUUGCGGCCUGCCGACGAGCCUACUUCAAGAGAAAUAAGGCUAGAGAUGAAGAUGGACAUGCUGAAAAUUUUCCCCAGCAGCACUAUGCUAAGGAAACUCCAAGGCUUGCCUUCAAGAAUAACUGCGAACUACUUGUAUGUGACUGGUGUAAGCACAUAAGACACACAAAAGAAUACCUGGAUUUUGGGGACGGGGAAAGAAGGCUUCAGUUCUGCAGUGCAAAAUGUCUCAAUCAAUACAAAAUGGACAUUUUCUACAAAGAGACACAGGCCAAUCUUCCAGCUGGGCUGUGUAGCACAUUACACCCUCCCCUGGAAAAUAAAGCAGAAGGCACCGGGGUGCAGCUGCUCACUCCAGACUCUUGGAAUAUACCCCUAGCAGAUGCUCGGAGAAAGGCCCCCUCCCCGGUGGCUGCAGCUGGCCAAAGCCAGGGCCCUGGCCCAUCCGCGUCCACCACUGUCUCUCCAUCUGACACUGCCAACUGCUCUGUCACUAAAAUCCCCACGCCAGUGCCCAAGUCCAUGUCCAUCGGCGAGACUCCAAACAUCCCUCCGGUGUCCGUCCAGCCUCCUGCCAGCAUCGGGCCCCCGCUGGGCGUCCCGCCACGCAGUCCGCCCAUGGUGAUGACCAACCGCGGCCCUGUGCCGCUGCCCAUCUUCAUGGAACAGCAGAUCAUGCAGCAGAUCCGCCCACCCUUCAUCCGGGGGCCGCCGCACCAUGCCUCCAACCCCAACAGCCCCCUGUCCAACCCCAUGCUCCCUGGCAUCGGGCCCCCGCCGGGCGGCCCCCGGAACCUGGGUCCCACUUCCAGCCCCAUGCACCGACCCAUGCUGUCGCCCCACAUCCACCCUCCCAGCACCCCGACCCUUCCUGGGAACCCCCCGGGCCUGCUGCCCCCGCCACCCCCGGGCGCCCCGCUGCCCAGUCUCCCCUUCCCGCCCGUGAGCAUGAUGCCCAACGGCCCGAUGCCCGUCCCCCAGAUGAUGAAUUUCGGGCUGCCGUCGCUCGCCCCGCUGGUGCCGCCGCCCACCUUGCUCGUGCCAUACCCGGUGAUCGUGCCCCUGCCCGUGCCCAUCCCCAUCCCCAUCCCCAUCCCCCACGUCAAUGACUCCAAGCCCCCGAACGGCUUCUCCAGCAACGGGGAGAACUUCAUUCCGAGCGCCCCCGGCGACCCCUCGGGGGCGGCGGCGGGGGGCAAAGCGGGCGGACACUCGGUGUCCGCGCGGGACUCCAAGCAGGGCUCGUCCAAGUCCUCGGACUCGCCGCCGGGCUGCUCGGGCCAGGCCCUGAGCCUGGCGGCGGCGCCUGCAGAACUCGGGCGCGGCGGCGGCGGCGGCGGCGGCGGCGAGGUGGUGGACCUGACGCGGCGCGCGGGCAGCAGCCCCCCGAGCUCCGGAGGCGCGCCCGGCUUCCCCGGCGUGCUGCAGGGCCCGCAGGACGGGGUCAUCGACCUGACGCUGGGCCACCGCGCGCGGCUGCACAACGUGAUCCACCGCGCGCUGCACGCGCACGUCAAGGCCGAGCGGGAGCCGGGCGCCGCGGAGCGCAGGACCUGCGGCGGCGGCUGCCGGGACGGCCACUGCAGCCCCCCUGCGGCCGGCGACCCGGGCCCCGGCGCGCCCGCCGGCCCCGAGGCCGCCGCCGCCUGCAACGUCAUCGUGAACGGCAUGCGGGGCGCCGCCGAGGGCGCCAAGGGCGCCGAGCCGCCCCCCGAGCAGCCCCCCGCGCCGCCGCCGCCGCCGCCGCCGGCCCCCGCGCCCCCCAAGAAGCUGCUGUCGCCCGACGAGCCGGCGGUGAGCGAGCUGGAGUCGGUCAAGGAGAACAACUGUGCCUCCAACUGCCACCUGGACGGGGAGGCGGCCAAGAAGCUGAUGGGGGAGGAGGCCCUGGCGGGCGGCGACAAGUCGGACCCGAACCUGAACAACCCCGCGGACGAGGACCACGCGUACGCUCUGCGCAUGCUGCCCAAGACGGGCUGCGUGAUCCAGCCUGUGCCAAAGCCCGCCGAGAAGACGGCCAUGGCGCCCUGCAUCAUCCCCUCGCCCAUCCUCAGCGCCGGCCCCGAGGACCUGGAGCCUCCGCUCAAAAGGAGGUGCCUCCGGAUUAGAAACCAGAAUAAGUAAGAAA